AUGGUCUUCAAGGACAACCUGAGGAUCAACCGCUUCCCCUGGCCCAAAGUGUUAAAAAUCUCAUACAAAAGAAGUAGCUUUUUCAUUAAGAUACGUCCAGGAGAGCAAGAGCAGUAUGAGAGCACCAUAGGAUUUAAGCUGCCCAGUUACAGAGCUGCAAAAAAACUUUGGAAGGUCUGUGUGGAGCACCACACAUUUUUCAGGUUAGUUCAGACUAGUGGGAAAACUAUUUAA